AGACAGCAGUAUGAAUUGGAACUCUACAUAGAGAGAGACAGACAGAGAGGGACGGAGAGGAGGAGGUGGGGAAACAGCUGAAGGGACUGAGCAGAAGGCGGAGGAGGAGAAGGAAGAGGAGGAGAAGGAGAGCUGCGAUUUGAUUGCGUCUCCCUCCCUCUCCCGGGCUGGGCUGCUUGUCGCUGAUGCUCUAGGUUCGCUGAGAAUUUGCAGCAGGGAGUGCUACCGGGAAACCUGAUACAAUAAGGCUUCCUUUCCUUCGGUUCCCCUGCUCCCACCCAUCCAUCUACCCAGAGAACACCCUAUCCUCUCUGAGGGAGAAGAAGAACCAGAGAGGAAAAGAUAAGAUUCCUAAGGUGCUUUUUCUUUUCGAGUCCCUCGCCUGACAAAGAAAUCGAUCCUAUUCCCAAUGGCUCUUAUUAUGGAACCAGUGAGCAAAUGGUCGCCGAGUCAAGUGGUGGACUGGAUGAAAGGCCUGGAUGAUUGUCUUCAGCAGUACAUUAAGAAUUUUGAGAGAGAAAAGAUCAGUGGUGACCAGCUGCUUCGAAUUACCCACCAAGAAUUGGAAGAUUUGGGAGUCACUCGCAUUGGCCAUCAAGAACUUAUACUGGAAGCAGUUGAUCUACUAUGUGCACUGAACUAUGGCCUGGAAACUGAAAACCUCAAAACCCUUUCUCACAAGUUAAACGCAUCUGCCAAAAAUCUGCAGAAUUUUAUAAUUGGACGGAGGAGGAGUGGCCACUACGAUGGGAGAACUAGCCGGAAAUUGCCCAAUGACUUCCUGACUUCAGUUGUGGAUCUGAUUGGAGCAGCUAAAAGUCUGCUAGCAUGGUUGGACAGGUCUCCUUUUGCUGCUGUGACUGACUACUCACUCACCAGGAAUAGUGUCAUCCAGCUCUGCCUGGAGCUAACAACAAUUGUCCAGCAGGACUGCACAGUAUAUGAAACAGAGAAUAAAAUUCUCCAUGUGUGUAAAACUCUUUCUGGAGUCUGUGACCACAUUAUCUCCCUUUCAUCUGAUCCCCUGGUUUCACAGUCUGCCCACUUGGAAGUAAUCCAGCUAGCAAACAUCAAGCCAAGUGAAGGGCUGGGCAUGUACAUUAAAUCAACAUAUGAUGGCCUCCAUGUAAUUACUGGAACCACCGAAAAUUCACCUGCAGAUCGAUGCAAGAAAAUCCAUGCUGGUGAUGAAGUGAUUCAAGUCAAUCACCAAACUGUGGUGGGGUGGCAGUUGAAAAAUUUGGUGAAUGCUCUACGAGAGGACCCGAGUGGUGUUAUCUUAACUUUGAAAAAGCGACCUCAGAGCAUGCUUACCUCAGCACCAGCUUUACUGAAAAAUAUGAGAUGGAAGCCCCUUGCUCUGCAGCCUCUUAUACCUAGAAGUCCCACAAGCAGUGUUGCCACGCCUUCCAGCACCAUCAGCACACCCACUAAAAGAGACAGCUCUGCUCUUCAAGACCUCUACAUACCCCCUCCUCCAGCAGAGCCCUACAUCCCCAGGGAUGAAAAAGGAAACCUUCCCUGUGAUGAUCUCAGUAGGCACCUAGUGGGCAAACCAGUGCAUAAGGGAUCCGAAUCUCCAAAUUCAUUUCUUGACCAGGAAUAUCGGAAGAGAUUUAAUGUGGUGGAAGAAGAUGCAGUUUUGUAUUGCUAUGAAUAUGAUAAAGGAAGAUCAAGUAGUCAAGGAAGAAGAGAAAGUACUCCAACUUAUGGCAAGCUACGGCCUAUAUCUAUGCCAGUGGAAUAUAAUUGGGUGGGGGAGUAUGAAGAUCCCAGUAAAAUGAAGAGAGAUAGUAGAAGAGAAAAUUCCCUACUUCGGUAUAUGAGCAAUGAAAAAAUUGCUCAAGAAGAAUACAUGUACCAGAGAAAUAGCAAGAAAGAUACAGGGAAAAAAUCAAAAAAGAAGGGAGAUAAGAGUAAUAGUCCAACUCACUAUUCCUUGCUACCUAGUUUACAAAUGGAAGCAUUAAGACAGGACGUCAUGGGCACACCUGUGCCAGAGGCCACCUUAUAUCACACAUUUCAACAGUCUUCUCUGCAACAUAAAUCAAAGAAGAAAAACAAAGGUCCAAUUGCAGGCAAGAGCAAGCGACGAAUUUCUUGUAAAGAUCUUGGUCGUGGUGAUUGUGAGGGCUGGCUUUGGAAAAAGAAAGAUGCCAAGAGCUAUUUUUCACAGAAAUGGAAGAAAUAUUGGUUUGUUUUAAAGGAUACAUCCCUGUAUUGGUAUAUUAACGAAGAGGAUGAAAAAGCAGAAGGAUUCAUCAGUUUGCCUGAAUUUAAAAUUGAUAGAGCCAGUGAAUGUCGCAAGAAAUAUGCAUUCAAAGCUUGUCAUCCUAAAAUUAAAAGUUUUUACUUUGCUGCUGAACAUCUGGAUGAUAUGAACAGAUGGCUAAAUAGACUUAACAUGCUAGCUGCUGGAUAUGCAGAAAGAGAAAGGAUCAAGCAAGAACAAGAAUUCUGGAAGUCUGGAACUUCCAGCCCACACCGGCAGAUUUGCCCUUUUUCAUUUGAUUACUGGAGUGAGAGUGACAAAGAAGAAGCAGAUACUCCCUCGACACCCAAACAAGACAGUCCCCCACCCCCCUAUGAUACAUAUCCAAGACCUCCUUCAAUGAGCUGUGCCAGUCCAUAUGUGGAACCCAAACACAGUCGGCUCUCCUCUACAGAGACCUCUCAAUCACAGUCCUCUCAUGAAGAAUUCCGCCAAGAAGUGGUUGGGAGCAGCGCAGCCUCCCCCAUUCGCAAGACAGCCAGCCAGCGAAGGUCCUGGCAGGAUUUAAUUGAGACUCCCCUGACCAGCUCAGGAUUGCACUACCUUCAGACGCUACCCCUGGAGGACUCAGUAUUCUCUGACUCGGCUGUCAUCUCCCCAGAGCACAGGCGGCAGUCCACUCUUCCAACUCAGAAAUGCCAUCUGCAGGAUCACUAUGGGCCAUAUCCCUUGGAGGGAGAGCGAAUGCAGGUAUUGAAUGGAAAUGGGGGCAAGCCUCGCAGUUUUACUCUUCCCCGGGAUAGCGGAUUUAGUCACUGCUGUCUGAACGCACCCAUUAACGUAUGUGAUCAACCUGAGGAUGCGCAGCAGACAGAGGUAGAGGAGGACGAAGAGGAGGAGGAUGAAGAGGGGGAAGCUGCAGGAGAAAACAUAGGAGACAAAAAUGAAAUAGGAGAAGAAAACCUAGCAGACUCAUUGCAAGAUUUAUACAAGGCAUUGGAGAGAGCCAGCUUGUCACCUCUGGGGGAACACCGAAUUUCAACCAAGUUGGAAUACAAGAAAUCUUUCAUAAAAAGGUGUAGUGAUCCAAUAGUGAAUGAAAAACUGCAUAGGCUGCGAAUUCUAAAAAGCACUUUAAAGGCUAGAGAAGGAGAAGUAGCCAUUAUAGAUAAAGUUCUAGACAAUCCAGAUUUGACAUCUAAAGACUUUCAAGAGUGGAAGGAGAUGUACCUUGAUCUCUUCUUGGAUAUCUGUCAAAAAAGCACCCCAAAUGACCCAUUAAAUGUUUCUUCUGAAGUAGAUGUACUUAUAUCCUCUCUAGUGCAUACCCAUUCAUACAUUGAAACGCAUGUGUAAGCGUCUUGUCUUCACUCCAUCUGCCACAGUCCUGUCCUUUGAACAAGUGCAUAAGGUAGUUUUUAUAUUCAUGUGUGGGAAACUUGGUAAAUUAUAUUUUAAUGUUGCUGAACUAUAUGAAGUAAACCUCAUGAUAUCACUGUCUUUAAUGAACAUUUGUAUAUUUUAUAUGCGACCAGUGCUCGGCUUGUGUUUAUCUUGUGCAAAAUAAAUCCGUCUUUAAUAAUUUAAAAUUAAUUUUUGCAAAUAGCUGUGGAGACAGAAAGAACUCAAGUAGUAAAUCCUGAAGACAGUUUACUAUUGGACCUUUGCUGUCCCUUUAAGUUAAUUUUAUAUGAAACAAAACUUUAGAACUAAAUCACAUUUUUCAGAUGCAGACAUCUUGUGGGAAAGAACAUAAAUCUUUUAUAUUUAUUAAAAUGUGCUAAGAAUUUUCUUAAACACUGCACAAAGUUUAAUGCUGUAGUUUUAUUUUUGUGAAAUGUAGGUUAGUACAAAAGAGAGAUAAGCAGAAUAGAAAAUCAUUGCUAUAAGAAAAGUUCAGGUAUAAGAUAUCCAUGUCUUAAUAGCUAAUUAACUUUUGAAAGCUAGAAAAUGAAAAUGUUAUUGCAAAUCUACAGGAACACUAAAUGGUAUAUCAGGGGAAAGCUUUGUAAAUUUUUUUUUGUAAAAAAAGAAAACCAAAAUCAAAGAGAUAGCUGCUUUAUUUUUUCUUGGUUUAAAUCUUUCUUUAUUUUUCUAGUGAUGGGAUGUUGUGAGAGUGUAUAGGAAUUUAAGUAUUGAUUUUUUUUUAACAGAUUUAACUCACCUAAUAAGGCAGCUACACAAGUAACACCAACCUCAUAUUUUGGAACUAUAAUUAAAAAAAGUCACCAAAUAUAAAUUCAACAAAUUAAUUUUACAGUUAGCUUACUUGUUUUCCUUAUUAAUGAAUUUAACUAAGUAAUUACAUUUAGAGACAAGGAAGCAAAAAUAACUGCUAAGUAAAAAUUUGGAUUAUUAAAAAUUUGGGAAAUAUCGAUGAAAAAAUUAAAAUGUACUCUGUGUGGGGCAAAAGGGUACUGUCUAUUAAGAAAUGUUCCAGUGAGUUAUAUGUGUGAGAAAAACAAUGGACAUUUUUCUUAUAUUCUUGAAAUGUUCUAUAAAAUGAAGUGUGUAUGUGGGAAAUUCCUCUUCAUAUAUUUAUAAUUAUUAGCUUGUUUUUGAACGUGAUCUCAGCAUGAUGAUGAUUGUGCUGCUUCUCAGUGUCUGGCUGCAUAGUUUAAAAGUCACAAUUUGAUAUUUUCAGAGGAGGGGUCAUCCCCUCCCCAUGACUGUCUAUCCUGAGACUUACUUUUAAUCAGCUUUAUUACUGUAGCCUGUUAAGCUCAGUGAAUGUACCUUAAUCUUGAAGAGCUCAGAUACUUUCCAGUGAUUAUCCUCGCUGUGGAAGAGGGAGUGAAAGCUACACAGGGGAGCCUUCUUUUGUUUGCUUUAAAAAAAAAUUACAUAUGAAUUGCUAUUGUUUUGCAGACUUUGCACAAUUGUACAGGGAAAGUGGCCUUUCUGCAGCCCAUUUUCAGUACUUCUAUAUGUAAUCAAAAUGGAUGAGGAAUCACAUUUAAUGUUCAUAUGAUAUAGGAUUUGAGGUCCAGUGUAUUAUUUUUGUCAUUUAAAAAAUCUAUUUGUACAAAAUAAACAAAAUCAACAUUUACUUACUGCAUGAGUACUGACACUGACGCAUUAAAUUUGUGGAUUUGUA